AGUUUGGAAUUCAAGAACAAUUGAUCAUAGAUUUCGUUUCAUGUCAAAAAGGCAAAAAACAAGUAUGUCUUCGUCAAAGAAUGCUUUCACCGUGGUGCUCGGUGCACAGUGGGGUGAUGAGGGCAAAGGAAAGCUGGUCGAUAUAUUGUUAUGGCCGGAUUAAAUUCUACUUGCCUAUCUAAAUCUAUGCAUAGAAGCCUCAGAAGAAGAGAACCCUUGUGAUCGAAUUCAGGUUACCAGAUACCGGAGCCGGAAUAUGCCAGUCACUAGUCGAAAAGAAGGUAGUAGCACUCUUCUAACAUCAGCAGGACAGGCCGACAUUUGCUGUCGAUUCAACGGAGGCGCAAAUGCAGGACACACACUUGUCGUGGACGGACAGAAAUACGCGUUUCAUCUUUUGCCAUGCGGCAUGAUAAAUAAGGUACUUUCUACUUUAACUUUGCUAAUUAAAAACUCAUCUUCAAUACCCCACGAGGAAUGGGCACACUACUACUACUAACUACUAGUUGCCUCAUAUAAAAUAUGGUACAUUCAAAUAAGGUAUAGGUACUUUCUACUUUGCCAUUUAUGGUCAUGGAUGCGUUUCAUAUAUUUGUUGUUGCGGUAGUACAGCACUUACUAUCGGUGUUGUCCACCCAGAAGAGCACUUCCAAUAGACCCGCUUUUUGAAAUAACAGUCCUGCCUCAACUUAGUCGGGAAUGGCGUCGUCGUUCACAUCCCUACGAUGCUCAAGGAGCUCGACGCCCUCAAAGCCUUCGACCCCAACGCUUUGAACCGACUAGUGCUCUCCUCACGUGCUUCUCUACUCCUUGACGUGCAUCAAGAGAUAGACGGCUUACUCGAAGCAGAGAAAGCAGGAAGUGCUAUUGGUACGACGAAGAGAGGGAUUGGGCCAUGCUAUUCUUAUGUCGACAACAGCACCCUAUGUUUGUCUGUGUGCAGAUAUUAAAUUACAGAUAACUUGAACUGCUUACCUUGGUUGAACUGUUUACCUUGGAUCAUGAUGAUUGAAGAUUAGAACUUCGAGGAUCCCGCUACUUCUAAUCCCGAACCAAAAUUCUACGAAACGGCCUAAGAUUGGCGGAUCUGUUGCAUUUCGAGACAGCAUUCAAGCCGAAGUUGAGUGAGUUGGCGGCCUACUGCAAGGCCCAUUACAGUGUGGAUAUCAACCUGGAAGCUGAAUUCGAGAAAUAUCGCGAGUACGCUGAGUUGUUGAAAUUAAGGUGGGUAGAUCGGCAUUCCUCGUUUGCAUCUGCUUGUGCCUCUACUUGUUCAGUUCGUUGUUUUUGUUACUAGAUCACCUACGCAAAAUCGUACCUGGAGGCGCUGUCGGACCAGGAAUGUUGUUAGAGACGCAGACGUAACAGUCACGCUGUCGACCUGCACUAAGAAAAGAUAGGAUACAAGAUACAGUGGCGAUCUUACGUGACUAUUCCUUGGCCGGCAAGAAUAUACUAGCAGAGGGUGCAAAUGCGGCAAUGCUGGAUAUUGAUUUUGGUACUAAAAAGUAAUACUUAGUUAUGAAAAAGAGUACUCAGUCUCAGUCAUUUCGUUUGUUCUUGUUUGAAGACUGGAUCCAAGUUGCAGUUAUACAAGAGGAAACUAAACAGGUACCUAUCCCUACGUGACUUCGAGCAAUACAACGAUUGGCGGAGCGCUCACAGGUCUCGGUGUUCCUCCGCAGAAGAUUAAGUCGAUAGUGGGCGUGGUCAAAGCCUACACGACUAGGGUCGGCGGCGGUCCAUUUCCAACGGAACUCGAAGACGCAAAUGGAGAACAUCUAUCAAGGGUAGUUACCUUAUCUCUAGCUUUUUUUUCAGCAUCAGAAAGCUUUGAGAGACUGGACGAGGCAGCGAAAGGCGGUGGAGUGGCCACCGAGGUAAGUGCCUUUUCAGGGCACCGGCGCGGGCCCCUGUGAUGGCCCUCCGAGCCCCCUGCCCAUCCUGCCAGGCGCUUGGCCUCUCUUUGGAGCCAAACCCGAAGAGAUAGAAGCAGACGACCAGAAGAGGCUGACAAAGGGCCCCGAGGCGUGGCGUCGCACUGGCUUCACAGUCGACAAAGGACCCCGAUGCCUGGGGGCGCUUCUGGUUAGUGUUCGAAGCGGAGCCCGAGGGGCUCACACCUUCGCCCAUCCGCAUGGCAGCCGGGUGUGUCUUGUCUGAGCAGGCUGCGUGCAGCUUGGAGGGCUCCCGGAUCGAUAAGGGGAGUCGCGUAGGGAGGAACCAAACCCGCCACACGUCUAAGGCCUGCUCGGGUUUGUGGCUGUGUUGCGGACUUGGAGUAGUGUAGAGAGGUAGCCGCUGCGUGUGCUUCUUGCUUUUGCUUGCGGGGCUUCGUGCGGUCACGCCUUCCAAGGGGAGCGCGCUGCGGCUUUCUGUUUCACGUUGCAGACGCGUGGAAAGUUAAACCUGUUAGCCUUUCAAUUUUUCACGCGUUUAAAACGCGUGAAAAAUUGAAAGGCUAACAGGUUCCCCGGUUCUCCUCGGUGCGUGGUACCUGCCCCGGCUUGUUCAACCUUCGGCAGCGCAGGAAUACUGCGGCGCGCCCACAGUAGACGCGACACCGCGAUCCCCGUGCACUACGAGGCUCUCAGGUGUGCCCCCCCGUGUGCUUAGCCCCCUCGCGCCUAUGAGUGGCGAGGGCGCUCUCGCUAUUAAGGUGGCUCGACUGGACAGGAAACCACUACAGGGAGACGCAUAGAGCCGCAGCAACCGCAAGAGGAAGCGCCCAGCAAGUCUGCGCCAUCAAGCGCGCUCGCGUGUCUUCUUGCUAUGUGGCUUCUCUGCGCCAUCUGACGCCUCGCGUUGCCGCUUGCGGUCGGCUUGGUCUGCCGGGGCCCCCCGGUCUCAUGAUCUCAAGCGACCCGCCCGCAUGUGGGGGAGUCUGAAUAGUUAGGAGCAUUGGGGGGCCCUCAGUCAUCUGGGAGCUUGGCUUGGCGAUGAGUCAAGAAAUAAACUGUGAGGCGUUGCAAUCUCAUGAGUGAAGUGUAGAAUCGCUCUCCGACCUCGAACAGCAAAAGCCUCCAGUGCCGCGUGGCCCAGUCUCUAUCUUUUCACUUCUCAAUCCGCCCCCAAAUCAGGUCGGCCACGAGUUUGGCACUACUACAGGGAGACCGAGGAGGUGUGGCUGGCUCGAUAUCCCUCUAGUACAAUACAGUCAUACAGUGAACGGCUUCACCAGCAUGAAUAUCACGAAACUCGACGUGCUCACUGGCCUAGAGAAACUGAGGAUCGGCGUAUAUUGUUAUCUUUUUUGGCCCACACGUACAAUUUCAAUUGUGAAGAAUACAAAGACCUCCGAAAACAUCGAGCUUGAUGUAGUUUAUCUGUCAAGUAUCUAUCAGGCCGUGAAUCUCAGUAAUGAAUGAAAUCUGGAUACCGUUGCCGAAUGGUGAAAAGCAUCUCACAGCGACAGCCAAUGAAUCUCUGCCCACCUCUUCUGCCACAGGUCCAAUACAAGGAGAAAACCACUGGCAAGCCCAUUCCCGAGGGCUCCUUCCCGGCACAUUUAGACGACCUGGCUGCCGUGGAGGUGGUGUAUGAAGAGUUACCAGGAUGGACUGAGGAUAUUGCGUCAGUCCGCUCAUUUGAGGCUUUACCAGCAGCAGCCCAGAAGUACCUCAAAAGAGUGGAGGAACUCUGUAAAGUCCCCAUAUCCUGGGUUGGAGUCGGACCAGGCAGAGAAGAUAUGUUUCUCAUGACGAAUGACUUCUAAGUAAUGUGAAGAAAUCAAUGGGACGAGACCAGAACUUUGAUGUUCCAGUCCCUGAAAUGCUAAAAUUACGAAAGAUAGAGUACUACAGAUGAAGUUUGAGGUAGAAGAAUAUGAUUUCCAUCUCUCAAGGCUGCUCGUGCUUGGAUCGUACGUAAAGACUCGAAGAUAAAUCAGUUGCGGUUCUUGCGAUGUGAAAUUGAAAGUGACUAAGGUGAAGGAUAACGCAGUUAAGAUGAAUUUUCAUGUAGCAAUAGUACACUACCAACAGAACUCAAAGGGAAGUAUCACCUGUCUGGAGACGAGGAUGGCACGCGUGUAUCAUGGCUCUUCAAAAAAGAGAUACUGAAUAUGUUGGACGUCACACGAGUACAG